AUGCGCUUCGACGGCCUGCGCACGCGCAGCGCCAGCGCGCGGCCCUCGCCUAAGCCCGCGGCGUCUGACGUGCGUCCGAACCGCGGACACAGCGUCAUGCCGCCGGCCACGAUGCCUAUCCCGCACACCAUGACGCGUAAUAUGUCGCGUCCGGCGCCGCCUCCGUCCGUGGCUUCGGCCAAGUCCCAUUCAGAGCCGACGCUGCCUCCGGUGGACGAGCUCUUCCCUCGGCCAGAUCUGGAGCCGCGUAUGAAGAAGCAUCUCGUGCGUGUGGCCAAUGAGACGUCUAAUGCUCUGAUCAAAGACACAUUGGCUCAGGACGAGCCGGGCAGCGUGCUGUGGCGUCCGGCACAGCGGCCUCGAGGCGCGCCGGGCAAUAUCCACGUGCUGCGUGGCGCUGCUCGAGACGUUAGUGAAGCCAAAGACGCCACGUGCGUACGAGCCAUCAGCGACGACGUCCACGCGAGUAUCGAGGAAUUCGCGCUCUUGUUCAAACUGGACUCGAGUCGGGAAGCUGCGGACCAUUUGUUGCUGUUCAACGCCGACUUGGUGCAACACUCUACGCUGUAUACACUCGUAUCUCCUUCCGGGCAACAACCACGUCGAUAUGUGGGCGUGAAAUGGGCUCUAGUGGCAUCUCCGUCCAGGUUCUUUAGGAACCGAGACUUCUGCUACUUGGAGUGUCAAAAAGAGUUUACAGAUGCAAGAGGGAGACGCGGAUGGGUUCGAUCGCUGCAUUCAUUAAAGCUUCCUUGCUGUCCGUCAUUAGAGAAGGAGCACGGGGUUGUACGUGCCAGUAUCUAUCGAUCUGGCCUUACAGCAGUGGAGACGGACGAACCAGGCGUGCUCAGUGUGACGUACACCAUGGAGUUGGACUUGAAAGGCGAUCUGGAUAUCCCAGCGAGGAAACGCACACGUGGCAGUUGCAACUUGUGUUUCCGUGAGUUUGUGACUGCUGGGGGCCUCCGAGACACACUGGCCUCGAUUACCAACAUGUCGACCAAGUCUAAGCGCUACGUGUGCCGUAAAUGUGGCGAGGGUGUGUGUCGACGAUGCAGCGACGACUGGUGGCUUGACGUUCCAGUUGUAGGACGCACCAAGGUUCGUAUCUGCACUGUGUGCUCCGCAGAAGCCAAGCAGUCGCACAUUUCAGCACACACGACGCGUGCCGGCACGUGUCCGGUAAGAGGACACGGCAAGGAGCCGGUAACGGAAGUGGAAGGUGUCACGCAUCCUGGUUUACUGGAGCCACCGCAACACGAACGGAGACGCUCGUUAUCGAUGCUGGACCGACCGAGCGACGCGGCAUCUUUUUUUGCGCAACAAGAUGAGAUCAAACGCGACUUGGAGGUGCGUGCCACUGAGCUAAGUCGACGUGUUCAGCUAUGGGACGAGAUGCAGGUGUACGACCGCGACUCCGGUAUCGUGCUAGACGAGCAGGAAUUGGCACAGAAAUUGUUUUUACGUGAGGAACUUGAACGCGAAAAGAAGCGUGAGAAGGAGCAGGCUAGAAGUCGUAUUCCUUCUUCCCGAGUGGCGGAGCAGCAAGAAAAGGAAGAACCGGAGGCGGAAGUGAUGCCUCAACACCCCCAGACUCGCAGUGUGUCCACGAGUGAGAAAGCCGGACGUCAACCGAUCGAUCGGUUCCCUUCGUUUAUGUCGUCGGAGCUCAGUAGUAACCAGGAGCCCAGCGACAACGAAGGCGAGGAGGCUGUCCGUCUCACAGCUGGAGCUGGCGCGCGACUGUCUUCUGACUACCGCGACAGUGACUUGACGGACUAUGAAGAGCACACGAUCGAUGGCUUGGGGGAGAUCCGCACUACCACGGACCUCACGCGUUGGUGGCAAGACCAACAACGCGCAAGUGAGACUGGUGAACAGCCAGGUACCCUACCGCAAGGACCUCUAUCUCCUGUGGCGUCUCCGAGGAAGGCAAAGCGUCGUGCCAGUGAUGAUGAGAAGAACAAGACGCAUCCAGGCCAGAAACCUCGGGCCUCAGUGGCCGCUGCAUCAGUGAAGAAGCAGGAAAUGGUUGAUUUGUUUAACCACUGGAAGCGGGAGUCUACGAACGAGAUGUCUCAGCACCAGAGACACAAUUUUCAUUCCGAGCAGAUGCAGGAGUUCGAAGAGCAGGCUCGUUAUCAGGAGGAACAGGCACGUCGUCGUCAGCAGUCCGACUUUGAGGAAAUGGCGCAGUAUCAAGAGGAGCAAGCUCGUCGUCGACAACAGUCUCUUGAGUCGCCGGUUCGUCGAUCCGAGUCCGUUAAACAGCGUGAACCUCAACCUGCUGCGUCGGUGCUGCAACAGAUCCAGCAACGCCAAAAGGAGCUGGAGAACCUGCGUCGCCACCGUCAACAACCGCGUGAUGACGAGCCACCAAGCAGCCAGUUUUCAGUCGACUCGCAAUCGUCUAUAGCGGUUAAGGAGCGGUAUCUCCAGGAACAGCGACAGCAGCAGCUGGAUACUGCUGCAGAACGCAAGAAACAAGAUCGUCUACGUGCGAAUAAAGCGCUGGAUCAAACUGCCGGCGAGGAUGUAGAGCUAAUGGAAACGUCUCAAGGUGAGUGGGUCCCGGCGCGAGCCAGCAAGGAGACCGACGUUGCGUCGGUGGUGAGCUCACCCCGACACGGACCGGGGUUGUGUGACCACUGCGGAUGUCCCGAGUAUAUGGAGAACGGAACCGUGAAACCUAGUUGCAAGUGCAACACCGUUACGACUCCUACGAAGGCUGCCGGCACUGUUCUAUUCGACGGCAAAUGGAUCAGCAGCCCCACGCCUCAGGAAUCGUAA